UCAUAGCAUUUGUGGUGUGAUCCUGAUCAGGAUUGGAAUCAAUGGAUUGAAGCCAAUGUAUGGGUCAGCUAUACCACUGAUCAUGGUGCAGUUUAAUGGACAGUAUCAUACUCUUAUUGGCAUGAUCUAUGAGGUUCUGGAUAGAGAGAAGAGAAGAACUGUUGGUACUGCCUUGAAACAGCUUGAACAAAGAGGAUUCAACCAACUGAGCUUAACAGGAGCUAUGGAGACCAUUCACCUCAUCCAAAUUUGUAUGGAGAACAAGGAAAACAUGUCAGGAAGUUUCUGGAUUGGGUUAUAUUUGGAUCUAGGCGAAAUAGGGCUUUUUCGGUCCAAAAAGAGAGUUGCAGCCAGAAUCUUGAUCCACUUGCUUUCUAGCUGGCCUAACAGGACGUGGAGGAUCUAAAGUUCAUUAGGAGACACUCCAAAUCAAGUUCAAGUCGUGGCCCAUCAUAAACCAAAGAAGAACCAGCUUGUUGGUUUGAUUUAAUUGCAAUGUAAUGGGUUUAGUUUAUUGGGCUUUCAUUUAAUUUAAACCAAAGACAAUUAGGAAUUUGAGUAAACCAGAUUUGGGUAGAUUAGUAUUUAAAAUAAACCAAUUUCGAAUUGGAUUAGGAGAUUAAACCAUCUUGGUUUAAAUUUAGGGUUUUCAGUUUUAUUCUUUUAACAUAUGUAGCCACGUUUUGGGAUGGAGAUCAUCAAUCGACAUUUUUUUCAACUUCUUUGUUUUGAGUUUUCUCUCAAUUCUGCUGGUGUGUAAUAUCCAGCUUGGGUUCUCUGAUUUGGUGUGCCAUAUCCAGAUCAGAAGCCUUGGAGUAUCAGGAGACGAGCCAUCUCUCUUGUGUCCCACAUCAAUCCACAAACCUUGAUACAGAUCGAGUCUUUGAUUCUCUGUUUGCAAGGAUUAUCUCUGUGAUCCAUCCUAGACACUAAGCAGGGUGAUCCUGUGUCUGUGGAGCAGAAAAAAACAUCUUUAUAGCAUCCCAUAGCUCUAAGGAAAAGACCAUAUCCAUCACCUUUCAUCCACCCACGCCCCCUUCAAGUGAUCCAGGGAGAGACAGCCAUUCCAGGGCUGCACCAAGAAAUGGUAUGAUAAAAACUAUUUGCAGAGAGAAUGAAGGAGAGUCAGGAGGUAACACGUCCUUUAUCAGGUUCAUAACUGACCAGAACAAGCUGAGAAGAGAUAAACAGGAACUGGUGGUGGUUAAAGAGAAGCCAGAACUGGAGGAUGAGUAUGGGGACCAAACCACACGACCACCUGACCAGAAGGAUGUUAAACUGAGAGUACAUGGUCUCAUGUUCAUGACCAGGACGUGGAUAGGAUCAUCCUGGAGAGAAGCAUUCAACUGCAAACUCAACAAAGUGGAGAAAUCAUCUGCCUUAGAAGCCACAUGCAGUGAGGAAAGUUCCAAGAUGUUGCUGAGACAUGAAGAAGGACUGCAGAGCUUUGUGUUUCAUCCUGGAGAGACUAGAGAGGUGAUGAUAUAUCUCAUGGCCAGGUCAGGAACUUUGGAGUUAAAUUAUCAAGGUUCUGUCAUCCUACAGAGCUUGGAUUUGAGGACAAAUCCUUUUAAAGGAGGAGGGGAUGGUGUGAUCCUGAUCAGGAUUGGAAUCAAUGGAUUGAAGCCAAUGUAUGGGUCAGCUAUACCACUGAUCAUGGUGCAGUUUAAUGGACAGUAUCAUACUCUUAUUGGCAUGAUCUAUGAGGUUCUGGAUAGAGAGAAGAGAAGAACUGUUGGUACUGCCUUGAAACAGCUUGAACAAAGAGGAUUCAACCAACUGAGCUUAACAGGAGCUAUGGAGACCAUUCACCUCAUCCAAAUUUGUAUGGAGAACAAGGAAAACAUGUCAGGAAGUUUCUGGAUUGGGUUAUAUUUGGAUCUAGGCGAAAUAGGGCUUUUUCGGUCCAAAAAGAGAGUUGCAGCCAGAAUCUUGAUCCACUUGCUUUCUAGCUGGCCUAACAGGACGUGGAGGAUCUAAAGUUCAUUAGGAGACACUCCAAAUCAAGUUCAAGUCGUGGCCCAUCAUAAACCAAAGAAGAACCAGCUUGUUGGUUUGAUUUAAUUGCAAUGUAAUGGGUUUAGUUUAUUGGGCUUUCAUUUAAUUUAAACCAAAGACAAUUAGGAAUUUGAGUAAACCAGAUUUGGGUAGAUUAGUAUUUAAAAUAAACCAAUUUCGAAUUGGAUUAGGAGAUUAAACCAUCUUGGUUUAAAUUUAGGGUUUUCAGUUUUAUUCUUUUAACAUAUGUAGCCACGUUUUGGGAUGGAGAUCAUCAAUCGACAUUUUUUUCAACUUCUUUGUUUUGAGUUUUCUCUCAAUUCUGCUGGUGUGUAAUAUCCAGCUUGGGUUCUCUGAUUUGGUGUGCCAUAUCCAGAUCAGAAGCCUUGGAGUAUCAGGAGACGAGCCAUCUCUCUUGUGUCCCACAUCAAUCCACAAACCUUGAUACAGAUCGAGUCUUUGAUUCUCUGUUUGCAAGGAUUAUCUCUGUGAUCCAUCCUAGACACUAAGCAGGGUGAUCCUGUGUCUGUGGAGCAGAAAAAAACAUCUUUAUAGCAUCCCAUAGCUCUAAGGAAAAGACCAUAUCCAUCACCUUUCAUCCACCCACGCCCCCUUCAAGUGAUCCAGGGAGAGACAGCCAUUCCAGGGCUGCACCAAUUUGUAUCCCUUCUGUGAAGUAGAAUACCCAAUCAUCAUAGCCUUGGUGCUUUUUGCUUCUAGUUUGUUUC